GUUUGACAUUUCUAUAAGUUGUAGGUUCGCGUUACGUUCGGGAGAGUGGAAGCAAAAUUUCAACAAAUUUGCAUAACUUUUGCACACAUUAACUAAAGUAAAAAGCAAAUAUCAGUAAAUUGUGCAAAACAAACGAUGGCUGCCAGCUCGAGAGUUUUGCUUAAAGUACGCGAUGGACUUGUUGCCGCCGUACGCCACAACUCCCAAUACAACCAGACACGUGCCAAUCUGAUGUUGACUGGUGAGUCACGCGUCAUCUGCCAAGGCUUUACCGGCAAGCAGGGUACCUUCCACAGCCAACAGGCUCUGGAAUAUGGCACUAAGUUGGUGGGUGGUAUUUCCCCCAAAAAGGGUGGCACCCAACACUUGGGAUUGCCUGUCUUUACCAGUGUAGCUGAAGCCAAAAAAGCUACUGACCCUCAUGCCACCGUUAUUUAUGUGCCACCACCUGGUGCUGCUGCUGCCAUUAUGGAAGCUUUGGAAGCUGAAAUACCAUUGAUUGUAUGCAUCACUGAAGGUGUGCCACAACAUGACAUGGUGCGUGUAAAACACGCCUUGUUGACACAAAACAAGUCCCGUUUGGUUGGUCCCAAUUGCCCCGGUAUCAUUGCUCCCGAAAGGUGUAAAAUUGGCAUUAUGCCCGGACAUAUUCACAAGCGUGGCAAAGUCGGCGUCGUCUCUAGAUCGGGUACCUUGACCUACGAGGCUGUCAAUCAAACAACCGAAGUCGGUCUGGGCCAAACCUUGUGCGUUGGCAUUGGUGGCGAUCCUUUCAACGGUACCGAUUUCAUUGAUUGCCUUGAAAUUUUCCUCAAGGAUCCCGACACCAAGGGUAUUAUCUUGAUUGGUGAAAUUGGUGGUGUCGCCGAAGAAAAUGCUGCUGCCUAUCUGUCACAAUACAACACUGGUAUUAAAGCCAAACCCGUAGUCUCUUUCAUUGCUGGCCUUUCUGCUCCUCCCGGCCGUAGAAUGGGUCAUGCUGGUGCCAUUAUUUCUGGCGGCAAAGGUGGUGCCGGUGAUAAGAUUAAGGCAUUGGAAAAGGCCAAUGUCAUUGUCACUAGGAGUCCCGCCCAGAUGGGCAAGGAAUUGUUUAAGGAAAUGAAACGUUUAGAAUUAGCCUAGGAUUUACUGGAACGCCAAGCGAAAAUUUGUUAGUAGUUAUCACAAAUAAAACUACCAAUUGAAAAGAAAAACAAAAAUCAACAGAAUACACUCUCAUCCACUCUCCAUUAUUGAAAAGUUUAACUUAAAUUACAUACAACCAUACAAACAUACAUACA